AUGAAACAAGUAAGUGAGAACAGUAGAAAAUCCUCCUCCCGCGAUGUUGCUAACCCCCCUUCAGUCCAGGAGGUUGACCUGUGGGAUGGCGGCAUCACUUUCCACACUCUGUGUGUGAUUAUUUCGGCCGUUUGUCUUGUUAUAUCUUCCUUCUUGGCGGGAAUUAUUAUUUUCGGUCAUGCUAGACACUACAGCAGACCAUCUGAGCAGAGAUACAUCAUUCGCAUUCUGUUUAUGAUACCCGUUUAUACGCUCACAUCGUUCUUGUGCAUCUACUUUUACAAGUGGUCCGUGUACUUUGAGCUUAUCGGCUAUUGCUAUGAGCCAUUUGCCAUUGCGUCUUUCUUCACUCUGCUCUGCUCCUAUAUUGCUCCCGAACUCCAUGAUCAGAAGGAGUUCUUCCGGCAUAUCGAGCCUAUCAAUUGGGUGUGGCCUAUUCCAUGGAUGCAGAAAUGUACAGGUGGUCAAAAGGGGAUUUGGAGAAAGCCACGAAGUGGACUCACUUGGUUUAAUGUUAUUUGGAUAUCUGUUUUCCAAUACUGCUUCCUACGAUUUAUUUUGACAAUUCUUGCCGUCGCUGCAGAAUCUAAGAAUCUUUACUGCGAAGACUCUGAUAACAUCGCAUUUGCCCACAUCUGGGUCCUCAUCAUUGAAUCUAUCGCAGUCACUAUUGCAAUGUACUGCUUGAUUCAAUUCUAUCUUCAAACGAAGAGCGACAUCGCUCAGCAUCGGCCUUUUAUCAAGAUCCUUUGCAUCAAGCUGGUCAUCUUCCUUUCCUUCUGGCAAUCGACCAUCAUUGACUUCUUGACCUCGUCCGGCCUGAUCAAAUCAUCCGCCAAAGUCGUUCUUCAAGACUGGAACAAUGCUCUUCCAUAUGUGCUCAUUUCCAUCGAAAUGUGUCUCUUUGCCCUUCUUCACUUCUGGGGUUUCCCCUGGAGCCCAUACGUGAUUUCACAGGGCCCUGCGGUCGAGGAUAGUUCGCAGUACUAUCAUGGCGGGAAAAUGGGCCUCAAAGCACUAGUUGAUGCCAUGAACCCGUGGGAUCUUGUCAAGGCUAAUGCACGUGGUCUUCGGUGGUUAUUUGUUGGUCGGAAGAAGCGAAUGGCUGAUCCGAGCUAUGAUCUCCCGAAGCGUGACACUGGGGUUGAUUCUGGAGAGACGUCGUCGCCUAGACCGCAGGAGACGAUGGUUUCGGAGGGAGAGUCUUCUGGAUUCCGUUGA